AUGAAGCCAUUCGAUGCUUCUAGAUAUCUUGGAAAUAGUGGCGUAUCAUUUGGUGCUUUUAAUUCAUUAUUUGUAGUUGAGUUCAUCAUAUUCUUCUUCUCUUAUCAUUCUUUUCUGAACUUCAGGUACGGUUUUUACUUAAAGGUGCGAGUGGAGAAGCACGACCUGGUAGACUCCUUGCUUCUCUUAUCAUUCUUUUCUGAACUUCAGGUACGGUUUUUACUUAAAGGUGCGAGUGGAGAAGCACGACCUGGUAGACUCCUUGCAAUAAUGGGUCCCUCUGGGUCAGGAAAGACAACCCUACUCAACAUACUUGCGGGUCAGGUGAUGGCUUCACCUCGGUUGCAUUUGUCUGGCCUUUUGGAGGUUAAUGGACAGAAAAUCUCAAAGAGAACCUAUAAGUUUGCUUAUAUCAGGCAGGAAGACCUUUUCUUUUCACAGUUGACAGUUCGAGAAACAUUGUCUCUUGCAGCUGAAAUGCAGCUGGAGGAGAUAUCCUCAGUCGAGGAGAGAGAUGAAUACGUGAAUAAUCUGUUAUUCAAACUAGGCUUGGUCAGUUGUGCUGAUUCCCGUGUGGGGGAUGCAAAAGUUCGUGGAAUCAGUGGUGGAGAAAAGAAGCGUUUGUCACUAGCCUGUGAGCUUAUCGCCAGUCCAUCUGUCAUAUUUGCUGAUGAACCAACAACUGGUAUUCUUCAUAUCUGGACCAUUGUCUCUUAUUAA